CGAGGCCGGCUGCACUUGUGGAGAUCCGCGGGUCCCCCGGGCCGAGCGCCCCGCGGCUGGCGGCGAUGUCCGGGUUCGACAGCUUCAACACGGAGUUCUUCCAGACCAGCUACAGCAUCGACGAGCAGGCCCAGCCCUACGAGUACGGCGGCGGGAGGCCCUACGGCAGGCAGUAUGGAGGCUACGAGUACUCUCAACAGAGUGGAUUUGUCCCUCCCGAGAUGAUGCAGCAGCAGCCUUACACAGGGCAGAUUUACCAGCCAACGCAGACAUAUACUCCAACUUCAGCACAGUCGUUCUAUGGAAGUAAUUUUGAGGAUGAGCCUCCUCUGUUAGAAGAAUUGGGGAUCAAUUUUGACCACAUCUGGCAGAAGACACUAACAGUUCUGCACCCAUUAAAAGUAGCGGAUGGCAGCAUCAUGAAUGAGACUGACCUGGCUGGACCAAUGGUCUUCUGUCUAGCUUUCGGAGCCACAUUGUUACUGGCUGGUAAAAUUCAGUUUGGCUACGUGUAUGGAAUAAGUGCAAUUGGAUGCUUAGGGAUGUUCUGUCUCCUGAACCUGAUGAGCAUGACGGGCGUCUCGUUCGGCUGCGUCGCCAGUGUCCUUGGAUACUGCCUUCUUCCUAUGAUCCUGCUCUCCACUUUUGCCAUUGUAUUUUCAUUGCAGGGAGUGAUGGGAAUUAUCCUCACAGCUGGGAUCAUUGGCUGGUGCAGCUUUUCUGCUUCCAAAAUCUUUAUUUCUGCCUUAGCAAUGGAAGGACAGCAACUUCUAGUAGCAUACCCCUGUGCUUUAUUGUAUGGGGUCUUUGCUCUCAUUUCUGUGUUCUGAAUAGACUGUCCAAACCCUUGGACUCCAGUGGGCCAAACUGAAGACAUCAACUCGGGAUAUUUCAUUGGACCAGAAGCAGUUGCAAGCACCUGUAUAGUGGGGACAUCACAAACUUAGACCAGUUUUAAACCAUCUGGAAAAUGGAAACAAACGUCUUGUGUUCACUUUUUUAGAACUUUGAAUACUGUUCUCAAUUGACCUGAGGUGUCUAUAGCUUUAAUAAGUGUUCAUGCUUAUCAAGUUAAUGUAAUUUUUUUUCCCAUUCCUAUAUCUUCAGAAAAGUAACUUUUGAUUGUUUAUGUGAGAUGGGGGGUCUAGUUUGGUUUUUUGGGGGGAGUGAAGGAGAGGGGAGGGAGAAGGGUAACACACUAAGAUUUUUCUUAGCAGAAGUUACCAGAGCCACAGACAGUGUGGGACUGGCAUUCUUUUUGAAGAAAUCUGCAGUAACGAAGAACCUGUUUCUCUCUCCUCUUGCCAGGCGCACGGAACGUAUGCAAUUACUUCCUGUAUUUUAACAAAUACACUCUUAAGUUCUUCAGUCUCAGUUACGUGUUCAUUUGAUGUGAUAGUAUUUCAGGAUGUCAGAAACUGAAAUCAUGAAUUAGAAAACAGAUGCUUUAAAAAUUAGAAGUUUCUGUAAUUCUGUCACACUUGAAAUAUGAAUCCACCUGGAUGUCUGAGUAGCUAUGUGUUAACUUGAAUUUCUGAAGACUUCAGCUAGAGGUUUUUUCCUAAUGGUGCACAAAUUAGUAGACAGAGAGUAAUCUCUUCAAGUACUACCAAGAGAAACACCAUUUCGAAAACGCUUGUCAGUAUUGUUGUUACUGUAAAAGUAAUUUAAGGAACAUUGAUUAAAUUUUCCUUAGAUUUUGAAAAUGGUGUUUGCUUCUCCCAACCUUUAUUUUUGAGUGAACUUCAGUUACUAAAAUAAACUUUCAUAUAGCAGCAAAAUCACAUUUAAAAGUAUGUUCAGUCAGUGGAUUUGGUAUUUGCUUCAGCCAGAAAUAUUUGAUUGUACUUUAGAAACAUGAGACUUUUUGCAAACAACUGUUAUCACAAAGUAGAUUACAGGUAUGAGAAGUGGGAAAGCAAAGGUGCUUGGUCUGCACGUCAGCUCUUGUUAAUUCCCAAAAUAAGCAAGGAAGGGAUGCAGACACUGAACCUUUCACAGGGAGGGGAUGUGGUUGUCACCCCCCUAGAAAUGAAGACUCUCCCAUGAAGUAUUACUAUUUUGUUGGCAAUUUAAUCCAGGGGAUUUCAUUUCAUGGAGUUUAUAGCAUUUGUCUCAUAUUCAUCUGCCAGCUAUGUACAGAGCUCUGUUUGUUGGUCCUGGAGCUGAAUCAGUGUGCAAAUGGGUCUUACUUCAAAGGCAAGCUUGGUGGAAAACUGCCAUUGCUUACAUAGUGAGCCUUCAUCUUAGUGAGACAAGGGUCUCACUUUGCGUGCUUCAGCAUGCAUCGUUCUUUGCUCUUCCCUCAAUUCUUUGUGUUCUCCUAAAAAUGCCUUCCUAGUGCUGCUGGAAGUUACUGACAAGAUCCUCUUCUAUUGGCCAGAGCUGUUCUAUCCUGUGUUACUGGGAGUUGUGGGAUGCACUGAAUGAGUGUAGAACCAUUAAGAACCAGUUACCAAUGCACUGAGCUGUUCUACUAUAGCUGGCUAUGGUAAUGAAUUUUAAAACUUGUGCACAUGAGAGGAAAAAAAACCUUCAAUUUUCUUCUGGAAUUGAAUUCAAGAACCCAGAUAAUGUUCUGCUUUGCUACCUUAUUACGAGUUAUUAUCAUCCUAAAUAAAAUUGUUGCAUUUAUUUAGUGAAA